UUAAUUCGCAUGUUCAGAAGAAAAAGUACCAAAAAUUCAAUCAAUCCAUCAAUAUCCCAAACUUUAUAAUAAUAAUAAAAAAAAACCGCCGCUGUUACAUUUACAAUUACAAUACCAUGUCUCUCUCUCUCUUCCUUCUGCGCGCUUUAAUGGAGUGUUAUUGACGUGAGGCAUCUCACACUAUUACACAUCACUUUUGCAGUUCUUACAAGGUAACUCCAAAUUCUCUCUCCAAACCAAUUUUCUGUUAUGAAUUUACACUUGGAGAGAGAAAUUCAGUUCAGUUCUUGAUCCUUUUUAUUUCAUUUCCUUUAAUUCAAUUCAAAUGUCUUUUUUAUUCUAGGUUUUCGUGUACUGAGUAAUUAAUUGAUCCUUCUAUUAUUUUCUCUCUCUUAUUAAAUUGAUGAUUGAAUUGAAUUAUGAUAUGAAGUUCGGCGGUUUUUGUUUUUCUCUCUCCUCCUUGCUUCUUCCUUGCCGUUCCACGUAUCAAUCAUCUGUGAUUGCUGAAGAUUGUAAUUGGUGGUUUAAUUGUGAUCUUGAUGGGGAAUGAUGACAUUGCGCGCUGUAUUUUCCCCUUAACUAGCUUACAAAUUGGAGACUUGCAGUCUUAUCUUUCCCAUCUUAAUAUUUUUCUGGCUGCUGAGAGCAACACAUUCUAUAUAUUAGUGGACAAUAGACCAUGGCUCGAAGGUUUAGGGUCACGUCGUGCACAUUUGUGGCAAUUGAUGGUCACCAAGUCAAGGUUGUCCCCUUUUGCUAAUAGCAGUGCUCGUAAAGGGAGGAAAAAGGGCAAAGAGAAAUUAGAGAAAAAGGCCAGCAAUAAAGUAACUAAUGCCAAAAAAUGCACCAACUCUACUAAUCCUAAGAUUUCAGAGCGAUGGUUUUCACUGAUUGAUGCUGCCACGUUAUCACAAAAGCGGGCUUUGUUACCUGUAAAAAAACUUAAGUACUCUUUACAGUUGAAUCGGGAACUUCACAGAACCUUGUUUGGUUUGAUUAUAUUUGAAGUCUCAUGGGAUGAUGUUCGUGGCAUCAAUUAUCUUAAUGAACUUCAGACUGACACAUCUCUGGCUAUAGAAACCAAAUAUAUGAGAAGAUGGGAGUUCGACAGUAUAAUGGAAGCUGUAGGCUGUGUCUCGUCCUGGUUCUCUGGGACAGAUCAUGAGCAGAAUCUCUUGAGAGAUCAUCUGCUAUCUACUGUAGAUGAAGUGUUCUAUGAUGCUGAGGAGGAUUUUUCAGAGGAAGAGACUACUUGCUUUUAUGAUGUUGCAGUGGACAAUUCAUCUUCCUAUGGAAUUCCGGUCGGUUUUGAUGCAUUCCCCACAGUAUUUGAAGUCGACACAAGUAUCUUGUGUACGCCACCACCUCAUAAUGUGCCUUAUAAAAGAAGAAAAGUCACACGUUCUAGCAGCUGUGGAGUGGAAGUUGAUACCCACUCUGAGGAAACCCCUAAGACUCCCAAGAGGACUUUUGACCCAUUUAAACAUUGUGAUAGUACCAUUGAAGCGACUGAAUACAAAGAUGUCUUAAUUAUAGUUAGGUUCAAUGACAAAGACCUUCCUUUUAAGUUGAAAAAUAUAAUUAUGUGUGACCUGCGUUUGCUUACUCUAUUAGAAUCUGGGCUUCCAUCUUGGGUGAUAUUCCUUCAAUCAUAUCCUGUCUUCUGCCAUCUUUAUCGUCCAUGGAUGUGUCCUUUAGCAAGAGCUUUAUACGUAAUUGUUUCCAUUACCACUGUGGUCAUCGGAUUUUAUGACUUAUACAAGAACGUGCCGCUUCUUAAGGCCACAGCAUCUGGUUUGCUUGGACCUAUUUUUGAUUGGAUAGAGACUUGGGAGAUGGUAUCAAGGGUCAAGUAUUUGGGAACAAUGCUGUUCUUGCAUAAUUUUGAGAAGGGUGUUACGUGGCUUCUAAUGAUCACACGUACUAUGAAAUCUUUUUUUUCUGUUCUUGCUCAACCGAUCUUUGAGCCUCUUAUGGAAUUCUCCCAAUUAUUUCUACCAUUCUGGAAUGUGUGUAUUCAAAUGUCAGAGAGCUUCUUUUCAUUCAUCUGUAUUGUUCUUGGGUCUUCAUGGAGUUUUAUUGGCAACGUAGUCGAGAUAGUAUUAUUGCCAAUCUGGUUGAUCCUGUCAUUUUUUUGGACCACUGCAAUGUGUAUCAUACUGCCAAUCUUCUGGGCCUGCUGGGAAAUCUUAAAUGCACCAGUCCGCCUGAUCCUUGCGCUGUUCAGUUUCAUAGCCUUUGUCUGUACCCUCGUAUAUGAAAUGUUUGGAGAAUUAUGGUCAUCUGCCUGCAGUCUAGUCCAUAUUGCAUCAACUACUGAGGCGACUGUGACAGCAACAUAUGAGGUUUCAAUGUGGCGCUCCCUUUGGAAUGACCUUUUCUCAAAGGUUUUUCGUGCUGUUAAGAGCAUUUUGCAUGGUUUUGUUGCUUUCUUCACUGCUUGCAACAGGCAUCGACUUAGUAUAUUGUGUUGUGACUCCUACAAGUAUCUUUGAAGCAGUCCUUAGCUAAGUGUACUUGUGGAAUUCAGUAGUCCCAAAAAUGGUGAAUGCUUUUGUUUGCACAAAUGUGCUAGUUGAGCUCAAUACCAACAAGAACCUGAAGAUUGCCGAUCAGAUGACAUAGUUUCUCUCCAUAUCAUCUGCGUUCUUGGACCCCAGACCGGAGGUCACUUCUACAUGUGAGUCUGUGAGUCAGUACUUUCUCAUGGUUUAGGCUCUUUGAGCUAGAGCCAUCUAGUGGCAUACUCGCAUGCUGCUGUAGGUUUGGUUUCUUAGCUUCAUCAGUAUCAAGAGGUUGAAAAUCUUCUGAUGAACUGCUUCCAUGGCUAUUUGAGUGUGGUGUGGUUAGAGUUGAAUGACAGUAAUUUGACCAAUUAAAAUUUAUGUGCAUCAUUUAUUCUAUAUUGUCACAAUGUAAUUUGAAGUAGUGCUUCUUCACAUAGUGCUAAGUCGGGGAGAAAGUUAGUAUAUGGAUUAUGGAGUCCUAACUUGAUACGGAGAGGUUGCUGAUGUAGUGACAUCAAAUGUUAGGGAGUUAGUCUUAAGUGUGUACUAGUACUUUGGGUCAGUUUUUCAAAGAAAUGGAGAUACGCUCAAGAUGUGGCUCACAUAGAAAUCAUCAAUGGGGAUAUUAUGUCACCAUAGCAUAGUUCGAUAGUAUGGUUUUGCUCACAAUCGCAGUAAUGGUCACGGUGAUACAGGGAUAAUGCGGUUGUCGUACCGCCAAAUAUGGGCUCAAACCACGAAAUAACCUUGGACUCGCCUAAAACACGGUUUUAUUUACACCUUUACUAUGCGGGUAGUAUCGGUUCGGUAGAUUUGAAAACCUUUACGACACGGGCGGUACGAUAUGAUGCGGCUUAUUUUGACACCAUGGACCAUAGUGUAUCCCUAAAAUUGAAGGUAUUUUCAUUAGGAUAGCCAUUAGAAGAAUGUUAUCACAUGGGUCAGGCAUGGGGAUAGGAGGUUUAUUGUAAGAACAUGGGAGUAGUAUCGCUUCGGUAGAUUUGAAAACCUUUACGACACGGACGGUACGAUACGAUGCGUCUUAUGUUGACACUAUGGACCAUAGUGUAUCCCUAAGAUUGAAGAGAUUUUCAAUAGGGUAGCCAUUAGAAGAAUAUUAUCACAUGGGUCAGGCAUCGGGACGAUGGGGAUAGGAGGUCGCGUAUGUUGAGAUAGAUGUGUGGGUGUACUAAAUGGAUGAAUUGUGAAUAAUGAUACUUGAUGGAAGGUUGGGUUCCACUAAGGAUAAGAUUUGGGAGAACCAGUUGUGUUGGUUUGGGCUGUGUGGUGUUGCUUGGAAGAUGUUUGCUACACCUCCACCUAAUAGCCUUCAGUGCGUCUCACUUAAGUAGGGGAAAGAAAGACAAUUUAGGUAAUGAGGUAGAGGAUAUGUUAGCAACAAAGGGUAGUGGGUGAUGAUGUAAGCAACAAUUGAGAGAGAAUAUUACCUCAGAAGUUAGUUAUGCAUUACUAUAAAUUUAACCAUGUAUAGGAGGAGAUUAUCCAAAAAGUUUGUAUUGAAUUCAGUGUAUUGGAGAGACUAGCUUCUCGAAUGCUAGGGUUACAAUGUGCUCUCUGAUCAAUACAAGUUCUCUUCUCUCUAAGCAACUUUCAUUUCUUCUUUGAGUUCUUGGAAAGCUACGAGUUCUCUCUUCAAGAAGGCCAAUAGAUCCAGUUCACAGCUAUGUUUCUUUGAGGAAAGUGAAAUGUGGGAAUUAUGGUCAUCUUAGAAGAAUUCGAGGGAGGCUAAAGAUGACUUGGAUGAAGGGAAACUAAAAUGACAUGAAGAAGUUGGAAGGAGGAUAUGUACUAGAUAUAAGUGACUGGAGUAAGAGAAUUUUUUAUGGAUGACACAGCAUAUAAAUUCUUGUCUUAUGCACCCAACCCAUUUUUACGGAUAUAGGCUUUGGCUUACUAGCUGUUGAUGUAUGACUCCCUUUAGCUUCUUCCUUUUUUUGUCUAAUAAAGCAAAUACUUAGUCAUGUACAAGUCUUCAAAGACUAGGUGAAAAUGAGCAUAUGCUAGAGUGCAACUAUGUAUAAGAGCUUAAACCUUUAGCCAGCUUUUAGGAAGAGUUAUUAGUAUGGCCACAACAUAUAUGAAGUGUGCUAGAAAAAUGCUUCAACUUCAAUCUAAAAUGACUUGAAUUUUUCGUGAAAAAAUAGACUUGGGGGGGUGGGGGGAGUAACAUUUUUGCUUUUGGUUUCAUAGUUCAUUUGCUGAAGUUCUGCUUCAAGACUGUUGAUCUUGUAUCCAAUUUGAUUGCUUUUCUGCUUUCACAUACUCAGCUGCGGUCUGACCCAUUCCAGUGGAGAAGUUACUUAAACAAGCAACUAAUUUUAUCCCCUCACCCUGUAAUGCGUCUCAAACUUUUUCCUGAUGUCCAUAAAAAAAUUUAAUUCUUGUUUGUGAUAUUUCUUUAUUCUGAUCUGUAUCGUACUAUAAUAUGAUAGUAUGAUGAAGUGUAGAAUAAAGGUUGUGGCUCUGAAGUAAUUAGAAUUAUCUUCCUCACUCUUCAAGGUUUUAACACGUUUUUAUGUGACCAAGGAAGUAGUAACAAUUUGACUGCUAACAAAAUUACAAUGCACUGGGUGCAUCUCAUAUAUUUUGUGCUGCUGGAGAAGUGAAUGCUCUGGUAGCUGUUAACUUGAUACUGUGAUCUAAUAUUAGAGCUAAAAUGCUGCUGGUUUAUCUCUGCAUUAAAAAUGCGGUUAUUGAUUUUCUGAGAAAGGGCCUGUAGAUGGAUGCCUUUUGUCAGGUUCAUGUGACAUUCUAUGGUGGAAACUUGUAGUUCAAGAAUUUUGAUUGGCAGAUUUAUGCAGUUCCAGUUUCAUUUUUGGUCGACUAUCUAAGUAUCUAGUGUGAAAGGUUUGCUUUAUUUUCCAUGAUUUUAAAAUUUUAGUUGAAUCACUCCUUUUGGCACCUGAAUUAAUUUAAUAUUUUCUCAAUCUGAUGGAUCUUGAUACAUGUGUCAUGCUAUUCGAGAUGUAUUCGUUCGAGUUAUCAGUUUUUGCUGUGGCUCCAUGUGUAAUGUCGUAUAUGAUCUGCUUGUGUUGGCAGAGUUUAAUUAAGCCUCUGUAAU